UAAGUUACUUGACAAGUUGACGUCUGUCAUUUAUUUACGUAAAUACUUUUAUAAGUUAAUCAAGAUUAACUUAUAAAAGGACUGUAGAAGCAAUCGCGACAACCAAAAAAUUUAAUUAGUGGAACUGGAGUAGGGAUACCAUUUCAAGAGCGAAGAAAAUAGAGGAAGUAAUUUAUAGCCAGGUUGUACUGUAUUAGAAUCUGACUGUACCUUUACGUCCUCUACCCUCCAUAGUAUUGUCGUACCUCAACAAUUGAAUGAUUGUCCCACUACCAUCACUCAGCACGUACUUCCUACACCCCACUAUAAUCCAGGAACAUUCUUUCUAUUCAUUGGGACUACUUUACAUUCCAAUAGGUACUAGCACAUCAUCAAUAACAUCUGAAUGUCGCUACUUGUCACCAUCACAGUAAAGUGCGUGAGAAAAGACGCUCAUAAUUAUCAAAUUAAUUAAGUUUGUUUGUAAUUUUAAAUUAAAAUUCUAGGCUCGCUAACUUGAAAAUCCUAGUGAAGUUUCCCUAAAACAUUACAUGUGUCCAAUUAUACCAUAGAGCGUGGUGAUUAAACUCGCAAACCCAACACGCAGUUUCAGACAUUGGUGAUUAAUUUUCAUUUUCACGUUAACGUGUCUAGUUUUUAUUCGAAACAAGAAGACUACAAUGAUGAAGAUCGAACGCGGUUACACAAACAUAAAGAAGCACGUGGUUUUAUACGAAUGGAAAAUAAACGAAAUAAGUUCAUAUAUUGAAAAAUCAGAUGACCAUUCCGACCAAAAUAUUUCAAUAAAAUCGCCAUCAUUUUCAGCAGGAAGUGACUCGGAAAAAAAAUGGAGUCUUGAAUUUAAAUCGAGCCCUGCUGAAUUAUCAGAAGGUACUGAAAAAAAAUGGCUGUCUGUAUUUUUAAUGCACACUACAGACUCUGAUGCUGAAGUUAAAACAAAAUAUUUGUGCUUCAUUUUAAAUAAUAAUAAUGAGAGAGUUAAGAUAAAAAAGUUCAGCAAAACCUUCAAAGGUAAAGGCGGCUGGGGAAAUCGUCGGUUUCUUGACAAAAAUGAGUUACUGGAAAGAAAAGAUGAACUCACUCCAAAUAACACACUGACAGUUUGUAUUGAGCUCAAUGUAUUUGAUGACUUGACGACGAUGUCCAAUGACUUAAGUAUACUGCGAAAGUCUAAAUUCCGUAUGGCUGAUGACUUUAAGAAAAUUUUCGACAGCAAGAUAGGCAAUGAUGUCAUUCUAAAAGUAAAAGACCAAGUCUUUGAAGCUCAUAAAAUAGUUUUGAUGGCUCGCAGUCCAGUAUUCUUGACGAUGUUUAGUUCUGAGAUGAUAGAAAAUAAAGAGUACAAAGUUAACAUACCAGACAUUGAUCCUGACAUCUUCAAAUAUCUGUUAGAAUUCAUUUACACUGAUGAUGUUUCAAAUUUAGAUGCCGUUGCUGAAGACCUGCUUGAAGUUGCUGAUAGAUAUAUGUUAGAUUCACUAAAAGACAGAUGUGCAGAAUCACUUUGUCAUUCUUUGACGGUUGACAACGCUGUCAAGUUACUAAUUUUAGCAGAUAGAUAUUGUGUCGAAGAAAUGCUUGAACAUGUUUCCAAUUUUAUAUUAACGAACGCUGAAAAUGUUGUGGAAACUCCUGAGUAUGAACUGAUGGAAAAAACAAAUCCGUCUUUGGGUCUGGUUUUAUUUAAAAAAUUCGCAGCAUCUAAAUCCAAUAGGGCAUUUUAAAUUAUUCAUUUUUAAUGAUAGGAAUUAAUCGACGAUUAUGGAGUCAUGUUCAUUGAAAUUUAAAUUAAUGGCCUUCAUAUAUUUUUUUGUAAAAGAAAUAUCGUGAUAAUAAUUAAGUACACAACGUUUUGCCUAUUGGCAAAUAAUAAAUAUUAAAUAAAUAAUAACAAGUUGUUCUAUAUAUAGAUAUAUAAGUACGUGAUCCAUACUAACAUAGGUUGUAAAUAUAUAUAUAUUGAAUUGAUUCGUUGUAUUGAAUAUGAAAAAUUGCAGUACUAAGUCAAGCUUUUAAUAGUUAUUUAUAAUUUGAAAAAUAAUGUUACAUUAUAUUAUACUACUACAUGAUUAAUAGUUUUAAUUGUUAAUUAAUGAUAUUAAUUACUUAGUGUGAUAAGCUUGAAAAAUUAUAUAAAAUUUUAUUUAUUUAAUAAAAAUA